GCAUCUUCUUCAUAGUUUUCUUCUUCAAAAGUAUGGCUAUCUAGAUUUAAACAUAUAUAUAUAUGCGUUGUGCUGUAGAAAGCAGAUUUGGUCUUUGGUCCAGAGGUAAUGACAGUGAAAUUGGUCUGUGUAGUCUACUUUUUGUCUCUCUCUCACUUUCUCUCUCUACAUCCUGUUUAACAACAACUCUUUCUCUCUCUACCCUGUUAACAACUCUUUCUCUCUCUUAUUUUCCCUCUUUCUCUCUCAACAUUGCUAUUCCAUGGCUUCCUGCAGCAAAAUGCAUCUGAGCUACCACUCCAAACCCACAUGAAAAAAAAACUCAAUUAUUUUUCACAGAUUCGAUUUCUUUGAGAAAAAAUGAAGGAUUUUCCGUCUUGCUUCGGCGAAAAUGGUGUCCAAGUUGCAGAUUUCUCAUCUUCAAACACCAGUGGCAGUAGUGGUAAUUAUAACAGCAGGGCGGCACCACCUCCGCAAAAUGCGGUAGCCUCAAUUUAUCAGUGCAAAUUCCACACCAAGCCCUGCUGGAUUACAGUCACGUGGAUCAAGAAUUUGAUGGGCCAAACCCUAACCGUCGGAAUCGACGACGACGACGGCAACAACACGAAUCAAUCGCUCUGCAAAAUGGACAUCAAACCGUGGUUAUUCUCUAAAAAAAAGGGGUCGAAAGUUCUCGAGGCGGAUUCGUUUAGAAUCGACGUUUAUUGGGAUCUUUCCUCCGCUAAAUUCGGAUCCGGGCCCGAACCGAUUGAGGGUUUCUACGUGGGGAUCGUAUUCGAGAAGGAAAUGGUUCUUGUUUUGGGUGAUUUGAGGAAAGAAGCACUAAAGAGAACAAAUUGCACCCCAUCUUUAUCAAGAAGUGUUGUUUUAGUGUCGAAAAGAGAGCAUAUUUUUGGGAAGAAGGUUUUCACCACUAAGGCGAAGUUUUCCGAUUUUACCCCUGCCCACGAUCUUGCGAUCGAGUGUGAUAAUUCGAUGGACGAGCCUUUUCUUGCGAUUCGAUUGGAUAGUAAGUUGGUUGUGCACGUGAAGAGGCUGAGGUGGAAGUUCAGAGGGAAUGACACUAUUAGGGUUGACGGUGUUGACGUGGAGGUUUUUUGGGAUGUGCAUAAUUGGUUGUUCGGUACGACCUCGUUCGGGAACGGGGUUUUCAUGUUCAAGACUCGGGAUUCUUGUUCGGGCGAGAAAUAUUCUUCCCGUCUUGAUGACGUGGCGGUGCAGUGUUCUUGGUCGCAAAGAUUGCGAGAUUCGAGAUCGGAGAGCGUCGGUUUUUCAUUGGUUUUGUAUGCGUGGAAGAACGAAUAGGGGAGAGGAGUUAGGAAUUUGAUAUCGAAUUUGAGUGGUAAUAGAUAUUGAGCGAGCUUUUAAUUGUUUACGACAUUGGAUUAAUGAUUAUAUACUUGGUACAGAUUGUCAUUUUUUUUCUUCCUAUUUUAGUAAGAAAUCGAGAAAUCGGAGAGAACUUCAAUCAAAUUCCUUCUUCUUUUGUUGUAAAUCUCUCUCUUUUUUUUCUUGAUGAUUUUUAUUCAAUUGAUUUCUAUGGAAACUUAACAUGUUAAUUGAGAUUAGUUCUUUCGAUG